GAUUAAGCCCACAAUUCCAUUGCCUUGAAUGGAUGGCUACACAAACUGUAGGUUAACGAUGUUUCGACUGACAAUAUGACUGGAAUAUAAUGCACAUUUCUAACCUGUUAGGCGAGUUUGCAAAGCAGACAGAUGGAUCAUGAUGACGACGAAAUAUUUAAAGAAGAAGAUCAAUGAAUUUACGCAAGGAGGAACUUCGUCAAGUUCGGCAAAACUCGAUACAGAAAUAUCUGAAUCGCUACACCCUAACCACUUCACUGUCUGCAAGGUUGUGCGCCAUGGCUUCCCUUACGAGCCGACAGCGAUGGCAUAUGAUCCCGUUCAGAAUAUUCUGGCGAUUGGAACCAAGAAUGGGUCCCUGAGGAUAUUUGGACAACCAGGCGUGGAUUGCCAUGAGAGACACGAUAGUGAUGUGGCUAUUAUUCAAAUUAUGUUCCUCAUCAAUGAGGGUGCUCUUGUCACUGUGUGUGCUGAUAACAGUCUCAACAUGUGGAAUUUGCGUCAGAAGAGGCCUGCUAUAUUACAUUCUCUCAAGUUCAAUAAGGAAAUUAUCACCUACUGUCACAUACCAUUUCAAAGCAAGUGGUUCUACAUUGGGACAGAGCGAGGUAACAUCCAUAUUGCUAACAUAGAGUCCUUCACUCUAUCUGGAUACGUGAUCAAUUGGAACAAAGCUAUUGAAUUAUCCCGAAAAACGUUGCCAGGCCCAGUUAUUCAUUUGAGCGACUGUCCCACAGAUCAAAACAAGCUGCUAAUUGGCUUUGAGUCUGGUACUGCUGUGAUCUGGGACCUUCGUAUCAAAGCAGCAGAGAAUCGUUUCAAUGGAGCUCAACCGAUUCGCUCUAUUUGCUGGCAUUUUGAAGGCCGUCAGUUUAUGUGCAGCCACACGGAUGGCUCCCUAACUUGCUGGGAUAUCAAGUCCCCUAGCAAGCCUGUUAGUGUCACAUAUCCACAUGGAAAAGUGGCUGUAAAAGGGGGAAAGCCUGUGGAUCCAUGUGCACCGAUAAUGAAGGUGGAAUGGAAGUCUGCCAAAUUAGGUGAUCCUUAUGUAGUGUUCUCUGGGGGUCUGUGUCAGGAGAAGGGGGGCGUAGGCACGCCGUGUGUGACGAUUAUCCAGGGAAAGAAUACCACCGUUCUUGAGAUGGAGUAUCCAGUCAUUGAUUUUGUCAGCCUCUGUGAAACUCCCUGGCCUAGCGCUGAGAAUCAAGACCCAUAUGCCAUAUUGGUGCUGCUCAACAAUGACCUUGUGGUGGUUGACCUUACAUCACCAGGGUAUCCAUGCUUUGAGAACCCAUACCCUAUGGAUUUGCAUGAGUCGCCUGUAACCUGUGUACAAUACUUUGCCGAUUGUCCCGCUGAUCUGAUUCCGGCCCUGUAUUCCGCCGGAUCAAACAGCAGCAGGAAGAAAACAAACUACAGCAAAAAGAAUUGGCCAAUAAAAGGGGGACAAUGGGGCACCGGAGGGAGCAGCGACCAAGAGAUCAUCAUUACAGGCCAUGCAGAUGGAUCUUUGAAAUUCUGGGACGCUUCACAAGUGACAUUACAAGUGCUGUACAAACUGAAAACGGCAAAAGUCUUUGAGAGAGGAAAGCAGCAUAAAAGCCUUGAUGGCGAGGAAGAACCGUAUGCGAUACAGAAAGUUACCAUGUGUCCAGAGAGUCGCAUCCUCCUCGUAGCCGGUGCUAGCGGUCACGUUCUCCUGUAUAGAUUCAGUAAGCUGGAGGCAUCUUGUGAGAUUAUGACUUUGGAAGUAUCCAUUAUAUAUGAGGUAGAAGAUCCAGACACACCCGAAACUGAGCUACCACCUAUGCCACCGAACUCGCUCAAGCGUAACACAAGUACCCUCAGCGCUGACAGCACAGGAAGCCUUACCACCAACAGUGUACCACCGCCAGCCCCACCAAGCCCCAACCCCAGUACUGGUGCUCACAAACCGAGUACCAGCUCAGGGGAGGGUAUGCGUGACGGCGUCCCAAAUCUGAGGGUGAAAUCCAGUCCACAGAAGUACACGAUGGGUUUUCAACCCGAUCUUUGUUGCCAACUGCUGUGGACAGAGGGGGAACCACCGCCACUUGUAACAUGCCUUCAGAUCAACUCGUUCUAUGGCCUAGUUGCUUUUGGUACAGUUAACGGCCUGGUCAUUGUGGAUUACAUACAAAAAACAUGCUUGUUACACAUGGGUACCCCUAAUCUGUAUGGGUCGGCUGACCCGUACCAACGCACCCCUAGGUCACCGAAGAAACCCAAAGUUCCGCAGAGUCUAGGAGAUAUUGUUGAACAAUUGACGGACAACGAACGGUCUAGACAAGCUUCAGGGGCGACUGCUGCGGCCGAACAGCCAAAUGGAAUUUGCGUCAGUCCGACGGGUAACAACGCUAAGAAGAUGAAAUCGGUGACUGAUGGCAAACUAACUAGGAGUAAGUCCCAAACAUCACGCAGAGUCACGAAAACUCAGUCUAAUCCAUGUGAUGCAGGAGCUAAUGGGGAUAAAGAUAAGGAUGGUGCCGAUAGCAGUGGAGGCGGUGGUGGAGGAGGAAUAUUUAGCGGCCUGUUAAGUCAGUCACGGAGUACAUUUUCCUUUUUUGGAAGUCAAGAUCGAAGUGAGAGUUCAUUUACUCAGUCACGCAGCUCUAGCAUGUCGAGUCUGGAUAGGGAGUCUAAGGAGGGUGUGCAGAGUCUGUAUUUUGUGGAGUCCUAUGCAAGAAAAACUGACCCUGUAACCGGACAGGUUAUACCAGAAACGGAAAAAUAUUCUUUAACGAGCCCAUGUCUGUGGGUUGGAACAACUCUUGGGUCUACAUUGGUUAUUGUGCUAACUCUACCGCCACCAGGAGACCAGCGCAUCUCUCAACCAGUCAUUGUCUCUCCAAGUGGAACUGUGCUUUGCAUGAAGGGAACUAUAUUGAAUAUCGCAUUUCUAAACAGUAAUGGAGGACUUAUUACUGCCAGCACCGAAGCAUGGAAAGACAUGAAUUAUGAACAAAAAGAAGGGGAGAGAGAAAAGAAAAAACCGGUAAUUCAACAGCGCAGUCGAAUGUCCCCAUCAGCUUCAACAGAAAUGGCUGAUAGGCAAUUUGCCAUCAUUACUUCUGAAAAAGAAGCCAAGGUUAUAUCCUUGUCCUCACAGACCUGUGCUUACAGGGCCAAAAUUGCUGAGUCAUCAUAUGUGGUGGUAGCUGAUGUCAUAAGCAUGCCUAACAAAGAACUAUGCUUAGCGUGUUACGUUGCAAAUGGACACGUAAUGAUCUACAGCUUACCCAGUCUACGAAUUCUUCUGGAUUGCGACUUUGUACCCCUCACAGAUUUAAGAGUGGGAAGAACAUUCCAGUUUAGUGCUCAUGGAAAGGCCCUGUACCAGUGCAGUCCUACUGAGAUCCAACGCUUGACAGUUUGUGCAGAGCAUAGCAAUAGUCUGCAUGAUAUGCUUGGCGAUCUGUUUAUACCAUGCACCACACCAGAAGCUCCUUCAAGGGGUUUCUUCAAAAACCUCUUCAGUGUCAGUUCAGGUUCACUUGAUCGUCAAGAGCUCUUUGGAGAAAACAGUGGAAAGCCUUCUAGAAGCAUUGCCAAACAUGUACCGGGAUCAGCUGGAAUGGAGGCUGUCAAAGCGCAGUCCGCAACUGUUGGUGGAGAAAUAGCUCGCACGAAACUUGAAUUGAUUAAGAGAGGAGAAAAAUUAAGUGAAACAGAAAAGAGGACAGCUGAUAUGAUGCAGAAUGCUGAAAGCUUUGCAAUGGCAGCUAGUGAACUUAUGAAGAAACAAAAAAAUAAGAAAUGGUAUCAGCUGUGAAAUGCAUUCACACACACAAAGGCCAAAAAAUAUGUGGAAAAGGUGACAUGGAGGAUGCAUUAUGUUGCCAAUUGAGGGCAGCAUUCAGUUUGCUAAUUGAGGGCAGCAUUCAGUUUGCUAAUUGAGGGCAGCAUUCAGUUGCUAAUUGAGGGCAGUAUUCAGUUGCCAAUUGAGGGCAGUAUUCAGUUUGCUAAUUGAGGGCAGCAUUCAGUUUGCCAAAUGAGGGCAGCAUUCAGUUUGCUAAUUGAGGGCAGUGUGAAAGAGCAACAUCAAGUGUUCAAGGCUUUUUUGAUGAAUUCCAGCACAUUUUUUAAGCUUAAUCGGUUUUCCUUGCUAGAGAAAUGUGGAGAUCUUUAAAGCAACCGAUGAUGAAAUAACCUAUGUUCAAGUUCAUAUUUCCAGAUGAUGGUUUAAUGCACUAUAAAUGGUUUUAUUAUUGAUAACGCACCUGAUAAAAUAAUAUCUAAAAUCUGAGCAUAUCUUUGGACAAGAUGGCUAAAAAAAAAAAAAUGCUGGUGCAGAUAAACAAAAAAUUUGUAAAUCAAAAACUUGAUUUUAAAAAGCAAAAAUGUAUGAGUAAAAUGAAAUAUGAUUGUAGGCUUUGCUUGUACAACAACCGUAGUAUUGGAACUCAUCGGAGUUUAAGUGCAAUAGGCAAGUGUGUUUAGAUUGUCUUGUUUUAGAAGCUGCUGAUAUAUCACUUGUUAUAUGUGGUAGCUGCUUUGAAAUUGGCACUUCCGUAUUGUAAAGUGUGACCUCAUUCAUACCCUAACCAUUCCUGAAACCAAAUUAUGAUUUAAUUGUUGUUAAAAUUUAUCUUAAUUUAUAGAUUUAUUAUAUUUAUUCGUGCAAAUUAAUGUAAAGUAUAUGAAAAUAAUACUUCUAAUAGUGAGAGUUUUGAAAGUCACAACAGUGAUGUGUACCCAUUCAUUUUGCAGUGCAGUAUUAUUCAUUUCUUCAUUUUUUACUAAAACAUUUUAGAUCGAAACAUCUACAUAGAAACUUAAAUAUUUUUAACAUUUAUUAAUGGUUUUCAUUGUACAUAUGCAUUUGAUUUAUAAGUGGAUCACUUCCAAGUAAAAUAUUAGAAGCAACUCUUAAUUAGAUAAUUAUUAGCAGAGAUCUCAACAUAUCAAUUUAUUAUACAAUUUAUUGUUGAGUUAAAAUGAUACAUAAAAAAGGUAGAAGACAAUCCACAAAGGCAAAAAAAAGAAAAGGAAAAAAAAUUAUAAAAACAUACCAAAAAGAUAGGUAUGAAAAGAUGGUUUCAUAGAAAUACAUAGACAUUAUAAUGGGGCUAAAAAUAUUUAAAAAAUGCGUAAUAAUUUUGUAGCCUCUUCCCCACUUUUUUGUAACUUUUUUUGUGAUGAUACAUAUGUUUUUAUCAAGUUUUCAACCUAUCAACUAACAUAAUAAUCAACACAGUUUUAGAAAUAACAAAAAGUAUCACAAAAAAAAUAAUGAUAAUUCUGAUUGUGUAUUUUUAGCUAAGAUAAUAAAAACAACAUUUUUAUGUUACAGUUUUGUCAUUAGAAAUAUCAAACAACGAAGAUGCUUUGUUGUUAUUUAAUGUACAUCCGUUAAAUAGGUUACUGUAACGUGAAACCAUGUGAAUGAUAAUCCGUAGACUAGUCUUCUCGUUAAUAUCAACAGUUUUAGUUUAGGCAUAUAGAGAAUAAACAUAAUAAAAUUUAAGGAUUUAAAGUCACAUAACCAAUUUGUUUUGUUGAUUUUGUGAGGUUCAGCAAAAUUAAUUUAAAAUCCUGGAUAUUUGGGUUUGCAUGCUGUAUAAAGCAAAAAAAAAAAAAUCGCAAUGAGCAAACAGGUAUAUGAAAAUAUCUUGUUAUGACUAUAAAGAUGUCAAAUAUAUUAAUUAUAAGUACCCAUAUAUUAUAUAAAUAUAUAUAUAUAUAUAGAUAUACAUUGUAAAAUGUAAGGUUAUGAAUCAAUAAAUGAUGUAUGUGGUCCAAGUAUGCAUUCUAAAUUGCUAGAUAUAAAGAUAUGUAAAUUCAGAAAAAAAAAUACCCAAAAAUAUAGCAUUUCAUUUGAAUAUUCAUUGACUGAGUCAGUUUAUUAUGCAUUUUUUUUUUCAUGAAUUCUGGCUGUAAUAGUUGUUAAAUAUAGCAGCCCAUUACUUUUUCCCAUCUGUUCCAUACCAUCUUUAUUUUUUCGAGGCUAUGAUGCUGUACGCACCUUUGAAAAUAUGUUGCGAGUGUGCCCUUUAGUUUGCUGCACUACUAAAAUCAAGGCUCGAACAAUGUUUGCCAUUUACAUCCAAAAUCAUUUUUGCUUAUAGUGAGUACUCUUUUGAAGCUUAAAUAUUUAUUAUGAUGAAUUGAUUAAACUCCUUAUAUUGUAAGUAAAAAUAUACAGAAAAUAGGUCAAGAGUUCAUAUGUAAAUAUUGCUCAAUGUUUGAUUCAUGUUUAAUAUAUAAUACUGUGAUUUGUAUAAAAAAGAAUGACCAGAUCAAAUGUCGACAGUACACUAUCAUAAAUAACCUACAAAGCUAUUUAUAUAAAUAAAUACUGUUUCAAUUUUUAUGUUUCCACCCAAACAUUUAUUUAAUUUUUUUUUUAUCUAGUUUCUGGGUGGAAAUUAUUACCUCUUAAAUCAAAUUAAUUCUAAUUUUCUUUAAGUGAUUGUAAAUUUGUGUGUUUUGAUUUAUACAUUGUUUAGUGUAAUUGUGAUUAUUUCCUUGUUUAAUUUUGCAACUAAUUGUUCACACCAUAAUAAUUUUUUAAAAUAAUAUUAAUGUAAAUGUAAUUAUUACUUGUCUAUUAAUUAAUGUCUUAUUUAUUAGAAUAAUAUGUUGACUAUUCAUAUACAAGAUUAAUUUUCAUGAAUAUUCAUGUGUACAAGAUUGUCUUGAAUAUUCAUAUAUACAAAAUUAAUUGUCAUGAAUACUCAUAUACAAGAUUAAUUGUUAUGAAUACUCAUAUACAAGAUUAAUUGUCUUGAAUAUUCAUAUAUACAAGAUUGUCUUGAAUAUUCAUAUAUACACGAUUAAUUGUCAUGAAUAUUCAUGCAUGAGAUUGAUUUCUAGAAUAAGCCUAACACAACUUUAUCUCCUGUUCAGAUAUUUAAAAAAAUUUCAUACAAAUCAGAUUAAUUUUGUGUAUGAAUUUUUUAUGCAUGAUGCAUACAAUUAUAGCAUAGAAUCAAUAUGUUACCUUAAAAGUUAUAAUAUUGUCCAUAAGUAUGUAACAGUUUUUGACCAAUUUAACGAAAAAUGCAAAUUAUCUUUUUUGCCAGUUUCCAUAUCCUCUAUAAAUAUGGCUUAAAUAAAUAAUUAUGAUUUUUAUACUUCUUCCUUCAUUUUAAAAGAUUACUUCUAUAACUUCUGGUGCUAGACAAUAACAAUAAUUUGUUUCAUUAAAUCAAAACAAAUUAAGGAUGUAAGAUUUCUUUUAUCAGUCCAGUCUAAAUUUCUCCACCAAGUAGUUCAUUCCCUUUUCUUCAUGGGUGCUUAAAUUUACUUUACAGCAUUAAAAAAAUGUUAAUUUGUUGUUAAUAAGUAACUCUAAUUUCAAAUAACAACUCAGGAUGUUGGUUGCUGGAAAUUAAAUAUUUCUAUAAUUACUUAUAUAUUACUUUUUAUUUUUGUUUUUAUUUUUGUUUUUAUUAUUUUAUUUUUAUUAUAUAUUUUUAUAUAUUUUAUUAUUAGUAUUGUUAUUAUUAAUAUCACUGCAUUCCUAUUAUUGUUAAUUUUUAUAUAUUAUUAUUAUUAUUAUUAUUAUUAUUAUUAUUUUCUAAUGAAUACUUACUUAUUAUUAAGUAAAUGAGUUCCUCUCAGCGACUUGCUCAAGAGGAAUUUGGUUAUGUAUACUUGGAACCAAUUUUACAUUUAUUCCAGUUUGUUUUGAGCUAUGGAGAAAUGACAUUCUUAUACAAUGUUAUUAUUUUUAUAAUUCUUGUACUUCCUAAAUAUACAAAAAAAACCAAUUUAAUAUUUUUAUUAUCAAUCUACUUAUUAUUGUUUAUUAUUUUACAGUCUUAAUACAUAACAUAAAAUUGAACUGUCGAGCGAGUUAUUAAAAUUUCUCAAACUUGAUGAAUUUAAUGAUAAUUCAUUUUGAUGUUUGUCUUUAUUAUAAUUAUGCUUUUUCAAUUUAAUUUACAUUUGAAAAAGUUACUGUAUAUAAAAAUUCCAUUUCUCGUUUUCAUAAAAGCUUCAGUGUUUUAACAUUCCACUCGUGUACGAUUUUACCCACCUAUAUCCUUACAAAUACAGUUUAAUUCUAUAGGAUUUUUUUAUUUUAUACAUUUUUGUUAUGGGGCUGAUUGUGUGUAUUCUUUCAUCUAUCUUAGAUGUAUUUCAGUAUAUGAAAUUUAUUAUAUAUGUACAUGUUCACAGUGUUUGCAAUAUGCACGCCACUUAUACUGUGUUUUUGCAGCCAUUCAUCUAUAUUAUAUUAAAAUAAUUUAAGUUCAUUAUAUUGAAAAAAAAAUAUGUAUAUAACAGUUAUUGAUUGGUUAUUGAGUGCAAUUUGUAUACUCAUGAAAUGACAUGUUGAAUCAGGCUUAGCUAUAUUGUAAUUCUAUUAAUAUGAAUAUAUGUAAGAUAGUUAUCUAUGUGUAAAUCAGCUCUUGUCAACCAAACUAUAGUACAUCUUAAAUGCAUCAAAAGUUUUUAAAAGCAGCAAUUUUUUAAAAGCUUUAACGCUAAAAUGAGCGAUUACUGUAUAUCAUCUCCCAAUGCAAUAUACUUUGCAGGUACGUAAGUAUAACAGGCUUUUUUUUUUUUUUUUUUUGUUUUGUUUUGUUUUUGUUUAUCUUAUUUCUGUCCUGUUUAUAUUGAUCAAUCGCAUAUCAAUAGUGUUAUUAUAAUGUGUAUUGUUUCCAACAUUGGUGAUACUUCACCACCAAUUCAAAUCCUAAAGCCUCUAAUCUUCACAAGAUUCUCUUCAACAGAAUACAGACAAAAAAAGUAAACUCCAAGAAUUCAUGGUUAAUUGCGCUGACUUGUUUCUAUAAUGAACACUGUAGGUUUUGGAUUAGUUAAGUGUUUAAUGAAUAUGUGCCGAGUGUUAAAAUGAGAUGUGUUAUCUAUCAUGAUUAAAACAAUAACAUGCGUGAUGUCAUUAUCUCAUAGUUCAUAUCAUUAAAGGCUCAGAGAAGUA